UUUUUAUAAAAAUUUUAAUAAUCACAAUGUUCCGAUUGGAUAUUUUGGCCCAUACGCGGGUUUGCAACAGUUUAGUCGAAUCGGCACGUGUACACGUAUAAAAUGUCCAAACAUGCAGAUUUUUGAUAAUAAAGAAGAGAAAAAGAAAAAGAAAGAUCCGAAUUAG